CAUUCAAAGUUACUCUCACUUUUCUUUGCAUCGUGAAACGUUUCUGUAGUGUUUAUAAGGAAUCAAGUACGUGAUAUAAGUAGUAGUGCAGUUUCUCUAGACAGGAUUGAAGACGUUGAACAAUAUGCGAUUUUCAAAAGCAUGGAUAAUCCUUCUUCUGAGCGGAGCCUCGAUAUUACAACAAAUUGAUGGAAGAAGGGUUCAAAUACAGCGGCCCCUUCCUGAAGACGAGGAUGAACAGGAAACAGUCAAUUAUUACGCAGCUGAACCCCAAGAUAGUCAAGGUUCAGUUGUACUUGUUUCAUCUGCCGAUAGAUAUAAUGGACUCUACGGUCAACAGUCUGCUACGUCUAGAAGGAUAGAAAAUGACUACAACUCAAGAGCUCCAGCUAGAACACAAGAAACUAGGGUUAAAGAGACCCCUAAAACACCUCCAGUUCAAACUAUCAGAAACUAUAAUAAGGUUAACGAUGACGGGUCAUUUACUUUCGGGUAUGAAGCAGCUGAUGGAAGUUUCAAGGAAGAAACUAGAGGUACCGACUGUGUCGUGAGAGGUAAAUACGGCUAUGUUGAUCCGGAUGGUAAUAAAAGAGAGUUUACAUAUGUUUCUGGAAAUCCAUGUGACCCCAAUGCUCCCAAAGAUCAGGAUGAACAGGAUGAGAGUAACGAAACCGAAAACGAAAACGUUCCUGCUAACUAUCCCACAAGGCCGAUCCAGCCUUUGAGAAGACCUGCAGCUCCUAAACCAGCUGUAACGUUGUUCCAAAACACCUACGCUCAAGAGGAAGAACAGCCUGAACCUGAGCAACUCCUAAGACCAUCCUCUCAGCAGCCCAUUCAACGUCCAACAUAUGUAUCCACUCCGCACUAUUUACAACAGACUCCAGCUGACCAGGAAUACCAGGUUUAUAAGAAACCUCAACAUUUAUCGACUACAACGCCAGCCUCCAUAAUCUACAGGUCAAGUGUUCGUCCAGUUACUAUCACUCCCAGACCGAUAACGCACAGUUCAUCUUCAAGGGCACCACAGUUACCUGCUACUACUUACAGACCACAAGUAUACCAAGUUUCAGUCACCCCACGACCGACGCCAUUGUUGUAUAAUACACAGUCACAGUCAUUAGCGUCAUCCACCAACUCACCAGACAGGAACCUAGGCUUUGAACAAGAAUUCCAAAGGUUCCAACAGGAGAAUAACAUUUUAUCUUCUACCUCCACUCCAAUCGUCAAUGAAGUGACAACACCCAGACCAAAAACCCUACAGACGCCCGGCCAAGUUUAUUCAACUGCUCUGGUCUACGAUCCCGCAUCUGGGCAGUACAAUAACCAGAUUUACCAGACCCUGCCACAAAGCGAUGGAGACUUUGUAUUGAAGCAGAAAAUACAACCUUAUGUUCAAAGGCCACGUCCCCAAGUUUUGAAUAUCCAACAGUUGCAGCAACAAAGCCCCCUGUAUUCACAAAAUCUCAGGCCACAGCCCGUGAACUCACAGGCUGCUUACCAGGCUCAACAAGCUGAAUUACAAUUCCAAAACUCUGCUCAACUCUAUGCCCAGCAACAAAGGACAAGAGCAGAACAGGAACAGCAGAAGCAACAAGCGAUACAGCAACCUGUGUACUAUAUUCAACCUUCCGCUAGCAACAUAGGAGCGUUGGGUUCGAGCCAAAUCGAUGCAUUUUUGAGGGGACACAAUAUCCAGUUUUGAGUGACCUUGAGGAAGAGGACUGUGUGAAAUGUUGUGACGACACGAUAUUAAAAUAUUUAUUUCUUAUAGUGUUGCCAAAAUGAUGAUUUUUGUUGAAUUUUAAAGAGAAAUAUCGAUGUCUGAUUGUGAGCGCACAGUAUUUAUGUUACUUUCUUAUUUUUUAAAUGUUUUCAAAAAUAAAAUACUAAUGAAAACUA